AUGCUUCCAGGUUCUGUGUCUGAAACCAAUUCCAGGACCUCAAACAACUGCCACAAAUGCAGCGAGUGUGGGAAGAGGUUCAGCCAGUUACAAGCCUGCAGAAACCACCAGCGCACUCACACAGGAGAGAAGCCCUAUCACUGCACCGUGUGUGAGAAGAGCUUCAGCCAGCUGGGAACCCUGAAAACACACCAGCGAAUUCACACCGGACACCGGAGAGAUCACUGCACCACUUGUGGGAAGAGUUUCAGCGACUUGGGGAACUUCAAGCAACAUCAGCAGAUCCACACAGGAGUGAAAACAUGUCGCUGCACUGACUGUGGGAAGACUUUUGGGAACUUGAAUAUUCUCAAAACACCAGCGAAUUCACACCGGAGAGAAGCCCUAUCACUGUGCUGA